AUGAAGCUACGCAAGGCUAUGGUGUUGUCGCUGAUAGUUACAUUUUUUGCCCCCAUUGUUCUCUACACUGACAGCCUCGGAAGCAGUAAUAUAUUCUCCCCCUCUAGAAAUGAAUUCAUAGAAGAGGUUUCAGCUAUUACAUUUGGUGGAGAAAUUAAGCCACAUAAUCUGCCUCACCAGGAAUCAUCCACAACUCUAAAGAAUAACCUUUUGGAUACUGAUGCUUCUACAGGAGCGAAUUCCCGCAAAAUUAGACAGCUCGAUCAAGAAUCAAUGGAGCACAAGACCACGGUAUCAACCACGAGCAGUGGCAGUGGAGAUGGUCAUCAGGUAGACGAAAACCCCAUCAGACAGGCGAUUGAAGGAGUGCAUGAAGCAAAUCAGCCUGACAUUAUCUCGAAUAAACAUGAAUCAACAAGUGAAAAGAAAAGAGAGGAAGAACAAGGUGAUAAGGAGAUAUUGAGGGCAUCUGAGAAUACAUCCAAUAUUGCCACUGAAAAUUUGGAAAUAAAACCUGAGACACAGUCUGCUCAAAUGUCUACGAAUGUUGGCAUGAGUGAACCUACAAAGACUAAAACCAAGUACCAAACCGACCAAACACUUACGACAAAAUCUCUUGUUCGGCAUCUUAAAGAUCAGCUUAUCAGGGGAAAGGUGUACCUUUCUCUUGCAGCUAAGAAAAACAAUCCUCAACUUAUAGGGGAGCUCCAACUACGUAUGAAGGAAACUCAAAGGGCACUUGGCGAUGCAAUCAGGGAGUCUAAGCUACCAAAAAAUGCCCAUAAGAAAUUGAAGGCAAUGGAGCAAACAUUAGCCAAAGGCAAGCAAAUUCAAGACGACCACACUGAAGUAGUAAAAAAGCUGCGUGCUAUGAUGCAUUCGGCAGAAGAGCAGCUCCAAGCCUACAAGAAGCAGACCGUGUUUUUGACACAUUUAACGACCAAAACGCUCCCUAAAGGUCUUCAUUGCCUUCCCUUACGCCUUGCAGUUGAGUACUUUAACUUAAAUUCAUCCGAAAGACAGUUUCCAAACCAAGAGAAACUAGAAGACCCCUGGCUGUACCACUAUGCACUAUUCUCAGAUAACUUAUUGGCAGCAGCAGUUGUUGUAAACUCGACUGUUUCCAAUGCCAAGGACCCUUCAAACCAUGUCUUCCACAUUGUUACUGAUAGACCGAAUUUUGCAGCAAUGAGCAUGUGGUUUCUGGUAAACCCUCCAGGCAAAGCUACUAUACAGGUUCAGAAUAUUGAAGAACUUGCAUGGUUAAAUUCAAGUUACAGUCCAGUUCUAAGCCGGUUAGAUUCUUCAUCCAUAAUGGAUUAUUACUUGAGGACUUAUAGUGCUGAUUCUGAUUCAAAUUCAAAGUUCCGGAACCCAAAGUACCUUUCAAGUUUGAAUCAUCUUCGCUUUUACCUUCCAGAGAUCUUCCCGAAUCUCAAUAAAAUACUGUUUUUAGAUGAUGAUAUAGUAGUGCAGAAGGAUCUCACUCCUCUUUGGUCUCUUGAUAUGAAGGGGAAAGUGAAUGGUGCAGUUGAGACUUGUGGAGGAACCUUCCACCGCUUCAAUCGUUAUCUCAACUUUUCAAAUCCACUCAUUUCUAAAAAUUUCGAUCCCCUUGCUUGUGCAUGGGCAUUUGGAAUGAAUAUAUUUGAUUUGAAGGAAUGGAAGAGGCAAAAUGUCACAGAGGUGUACCACACAUGGCAGAAUCUGAAUCAGGACAGACAGUUGUGGAAGUUGGGAACCCUGCCACCCGGUCUAGUAACAUUUUGGAACCGAACUUAUCUCCUUGAUCAUUCUUGGCAUGUACUGGGGCUUGGCUACAAACCAAAUGUCAGCCAGAAGGAUAUCAGACAAGCAGCUGUCAUACACUACAAUGGUGACUUGAAACCAUGGCUUGAGAUAGGCAUAUCCGAGUAUCGAAGCUACUGGGAAAAUUUCAUUGAUUUUAAUCAUUUGCUAAUGCAAGAGUGCAACAUCAAUCCUUUAAAUGAACCUAAAUAG